AUGGCUUUAUGACCCUCUGCAAAGGUUGAAGUCCUGCUGCUUAACUGAAAGAUAACUCAAACUCAGGUAACAGGAGAAGUGAUAGCACCACUGUACAACCGCUUCAUCGUUGAGUCAGGUUUUCUGAGUUUGAAUUCAAGCCUAAUAAUACAAUAUUACUCGUGUUUGUCGCUCACUUUGUGUGAAAACUUGGAGGUAAAAAUGUCGACAGCGUUGGAAGUGACUGGAUUCAUCAUGUGUGUGGCCAGCUGGAUGGUCACUGGAGUUUCUCUGGCUAAUGACUACUGGAAGAUUUCUUCUAUUUCGGGCAGUGUGAUCAUUUCUACACGUCAGUAUGAGAAUCUGUGGCAUUCCUGUGCUGAGGACAGUUCGGGGAUAGCGGAGUGUCGAGACUUUCAGUCCAUGCUGGCCUUGCCAGUUCAUAUUCAGGCAUGUCGAGCAUUGAUGAUCAUCGCCCUUAUCUUGGGUCUGGUCUCUAUAAUUGUAUCCACCAUGGGGAUGAAGUGCAUUAACAUUGGAAGCAGAAGCGAUCAGUCCAAAGGCAAAAUUGCACUCAGUGGAGGCGUUCUCUUUAUUCUGGCUGGUCUUUGCAGCAUAGUGGCUACAUCUUGGUAUGCCUCACGGGUCAUCGCAGACUUCAAUGACCCAUUCUUUGGUGGCAUCAGGUUUGAGCUGGGUGCUGGUCUCUAUAUAGCUUGGGCUGGUGUAGGUCUGGCUAUACUGGGCGGUUCAUUCAUGUGCUGUGCCUUUAAAAGAAUCUCUCAACCAAACCCCAAAGGGGCAUAUUAUCCAAGUAAUAAAAGUAAUAAACCAAAGCCAGUCUAUUCAGUAGCUCCGGAAUCAGAGACUGCAAGAGCCUACGUUUGAGUUACCAGGAUCACACGCAUUAGCAAGGCUGAACUGUUGUUACGUUGAUGUUUGUAUAACUCCAUUAUUUUUUGCUACUUGUUUUAGACGUACAUUGUGUAAAUGAUAAAUGUGAAAAUCAUUCAAAUGGAAUCAUCAUGGAUGUCAAACAUUUUCAACAAAAUCUUCUGUUAUAAAUAUAAUCUUAAUUCUCUGAUAAUCUAGAUCUGUAGCUACUUACUUUUUAAAUGUAUAAACAUGCAUAGGUACAGAAGAGACCAUUUAAUAUCCAAUUUACUAGUCAUCAUUUUUAUCCAUUUUGA